UCGAGGCGGAAGCAGAAUGUCAUCCGGCAAUUCUAGCUUACUGUUUUGUGAGUACUGGGAAUUAGGAUAUACUACUCCUUUGGCGUACUGCUUUUCGCCUACUGUACAGUAGGGUAGUAGGGAUAUUCGGACGCAGCCAAUGUCGAAGGUAGUUACGUCAUCGCACCGCUCGCCGUAGAGCGAAACAAACAUGGCGACAGAGUGGACCGGACAUGGCUGCUUGCUAACUUUAGUCGUAGUCCUUUGGAGCUCUGUGGGCGGUCAGACGGAGAUAACGAGCGUUGGCUGGAGCCAGAUACUGGGAAUGAGACUGGAGAGGAGCAACAAACCAGCCACGAUCACCGAGGACGGUGUCAUUCAAGUAACAGAAGAGAGCAGUGUCCAGCUCAGGUUUUAUGGGCUGCAGCUCAGUUCGGACUCCGCGUCCCAAAUUCGGUUCAUGGAGAUCGGCGAAGAAGAGGAUGACAAAGACUCCGUAAACAGUGUCGAUUUUACCAAAGACAUUAGCGUCGGAACUUAUAUGAACGUUAGCAGUCGAGGGACAUCAGGUGUGGUGAGUGUAAACGUUAAGCCGCUUCGCAAAACUGAGCGCGAGCGGGAAUACAUCGUGUGCAUCAGGAGUCCGGAAGAUAAGUGGCACCUGCUGACGGAGAACGACGGUAGGAUACGAGUUGUGGAGGAGAAAACUUCUCUGCUCCCUCUGUGGCUUCAGAUCAUCCUGGUGUCAUGCCUGCUUGUCCUGUCCGGCAUGUUCAGUGGACUUAAUCUGGGGCUCAUGGCAUUAGAUCCGAUGGAACUUCGCAUAGUGCAGAGUUGUGGUACUGAUAAAGAAAAGAGGUAUGCCCGCAAAAUCGAGCCCAUUCGUAGGAAAGGGAAUUACUUGCUUUGCUCCUUAUUGCUUGGUAAUGUCCUUGUAAAUACCACACUUACUAUCUUGCUGGAUGAUCUUAUUGGAUCAGGCUUUGGCGCAGUAGUGGCAUCCACUGUGGGCAUCGUGAUCUUUGGGGAGAUCGUGCCACAGGCGCUUUGUUCUCGCCAUGGUUUGGCGGUCGGUGCCAACACCAUCCUGCUGACCAAAUUUUUCAUGCUCCUCACCUUCCCACUGUCGUUUCCCAUCAGCAAGCUACUGGACUGCAUUCUGGGCCAGGAAAUUGGCACAGUGUACAACCGGGAGAAACUAGUGGAGAUGCUCAAGGUGACGGAACCAUACAAUGACUUGGUCAAGGAGGAGCUCAACAUGAUUCAGGGUGCAUUAGAGCUGAGGACCAAAACAGUGGAGGAUGUCAUGACGCCACUGAACAACUGCUUCAUGAUCAAAUCUGAUGCUGUGCUAGACUUCAACACCAUGUCCGAGAUCAUGGAGAGCGGCUACACACGCAUCCCCGUCUACGAAGAUGAACGCUCCAACAUCGUUGACAUCUUGUAUGUAAAGGACUUGGCCUUUGUUGAUCCAGAUGACUGCACAACACUUAAAACAGUCACCAAGUUUUACAACCACCCAGUCCACUUUGUCUUCCACGACACCAAGCUGGAUGCCAUGUUAGAGGAGUUCAAAAAAGGCAAAUCUCACCUGGCCAUAGUGCAGAGGGUGAAUAAUGAGGGAGAAGGAGACCCCUUCUAUGAGGUGCUUGGUUUGGUCACGCUGGAAGACGUUAUUGAAGAGAUCAUCAAGUCAGAGAUCCUGGAUGAGUCUGAUCUCUACACUGACAACCGAAACAAAAAGAAAGUGGACCCAAAUAAAAACAAGAGGGAUUUUUCAGCCUUCAAAUACGAAAGUGAAUCUAAAGUGAAGAUUUCUCCCCAGCUGCUCUUAGCUGCUCAUCGGUUCAUGGCUACUGAGGUGAGCCUCUUUAGUCCACUACAGAUAUCAGACAAGAUUUUGCUGCGAAUCCUGAAGCAUCCUGACGUCAUCCAGGAUCUACGGUUCAAUGAAAAUGAAAAGCGCUCACAGCUUCACUACCUAUAUCAGCGUGGCAAGCCUGUCGACUAUUUCAUUCUCAUCUUGCAGACCGAUGCAUCAGACAGAGGGCUGGGGGCAGUUUUGUCCCAGGUGGUGGAGGGAGAGGAUCGCCCCAUACUGUACAUCAGCCGGAAGCUUUCGGGCCGGGUGGAAGUGGAGGCAGGCAAUGAGAACAUGAAGUUUGAGACUGGUCCAUUUUCUUAUUAUGGAGUCAUGGCAUUAACUACAUCAUCCUUGGCUGUCACCCCCCCUCUGUCCCCCUCCGUGGUGCUGCCUCGGCCACGGCGCCUUUCUCUUAAGAGGCUUUCUCUGUUCUCUCGCUUCCCAGAAUUUCGUUCUCCUUCACACAUUAGCGGGCUGAAUCGCUCAGCUUCCCUGUGCUACACAGAGAGAGUGGACUCUCUGUCCACCAGCGGCAGCACCUCGCAGCUCAACAGCACCGCCACAUCCCAGUACAUCCCCGACUUCAAUGUGCGUGCCCUCUCAGACCUGCAGUUUGUUAAGGUCAACCGUGCUCAGUACCAAAACGGCCUUUUGGCCUCCAAACUGGACAGCACGCCACAGUCCCCGCAGAGCAAUCACAUUCGAUUGGACAGCAUGCUUGCACCACCCCUGACUCCACCCACGUCUUCAACGACCUGCAGCACAGCACCGUUAGCGCUCAGAGAGGGAACAGCCGAGACCACAAUGCUGCUAAAUGACAAGAACAGCCCGAAUAGUCACUGGGCUGCCCAACCACAGUCCUACUCUAACUCCAACUCAAACCUCAACACCAGUACUAACACUAACUCCAGCCCUCACCCUCCAUCCAAAAACCACCCUCAGUCACAGAGUUACCCCAACAACCCAAACACUCACACACCUCACCUGCACAUCCACACCAUCUCUCACAGCCACGCACACACAGAGAGCACAAUCUGACAAAGCUCAUGGGGAGCCGUGGUUGGCGUGAAGCUCUAGAGAGGACCACACUGAUCCACAAACAUGCACAUACACACAACUCUGUACGUGUACAUGGCCAUUUACAAACGAUAUGCAAUCUAACACAGAAGCACUUACGCAGAUUAACUUUCAAACGGGCCUUGUAUCUCCUCCCUGCAUGCCACCUUUUUUCUCCUAUGCCCAGUUUUAUGGCAUUUCAGUGGAAUAUGGAAUGGAGAUGUCUACAGCAAAAGUGCAAGAGAUUUCAGCUUGUGCAUAUGUUGUGAAAGAGAUCCUACAGGUGUAGUUUGAGAUUAAGAAACUCCAAGUUCAUUAAUAGGUCAGAAGGACCAUUGAUAGGACUCUAUUUUUUAUGCUAGAAGUCUACACAUUGCAUGAUGAACACAUAUGCACAUCUCCAUCUUUGAUAUUUUGGAUAAGUGUUUCUGUAGCAUGCAAUGACCAAAAAUGUCAUCGAAACACUUGGGCAUUUUUGAAUGACAUAAGAGUGUAACAUUACAUAAGAAAUGAUUGCAAGAUAUGCACUUUUUAUUACCUUUAAGAAUCCAUACCAAUCCUUUUGUA